ACAUGUAAUUUGUUAGUAGAAAGUUUUUAAAAAUCGAAAUACUACGCAAUGUUUUCCCGAACGUUUAUAUUAUUUCUCUGGGCAGUAUUUGUUUCAUUUGUACACUCACAAUGCCCAGAUGGUGGUCAAAUUUUCGAAUGGGGUAUAAGUGCAGCUGGAAGAAACGUAAUUGUUAACAGACAUAAUGAUUACCGUAGGAUGAUUAUGAACGGGCAGGUUCCGGGACAACCACGCGGGAAAAACAUUCAGAUGCUAUCGUUUGAUGAGCGUCUGGCUCAGGAAGGACGAAAAGUCUCCCGGACGUGCAAAAUGCAACACAUCAUCGCUUCUGAUAGCCGUUGGAGUUGGGUGGGUCAAAAUGUAUACAUCAGUUGGAGUUCCCGGAAUGUUGGGGGUCAGGAUUGGGAAGCGGCGGCGGCUUCAUGGUUCAACGAAUACAGAAACUUCCGGUAUCCAUUUGGAUCCAAUGGUGGCGUGACAGGACAUUACACACAAGUUAUUUGGGCAAGAUCCAACAAAUUGGGAUGUGACUUCAUUCGUUACUUUGACAGAUCCAAGAACAUGUACGCAAAAUUAUAUACAUGUAACUAUGGACCAGGGCAAUAUUCAAAUCAAGCCCCAUAUGAACUCGCCUAAAGUUUAUUUAUGCAUUUGUAUAAUAACAAUAACAUACGAAAUUGUCAGGUUUACGAAAGUAAAGAUUAAAGCAUGAUUCACAUCAAAGAAUCCCCACGCAGAAAA